ACAAAAAUUCUCCUGGCCGAGUUUAUUGUGGACUUAAUAGAAAUAAUACGUAAUCAUAUCGUACAUGCAUGUAAAAAAGCAAACAUUCCAGCGACAGAGGAGGAUCUGUUAACCUUAUUUACUGACAGCGUCUCUCAGGCCUUUGCAAAUGUUCUGCAAGUCAAGGACGGAGACCAUACAAGCAGCUCUGUGGAACUAACUGAUCUUAUGGUAAAAGAGGUUGUACAGAGUUUUCAGUCUGCUGACAGCGAGUCAGCUGGGGAGGAAAGGAUAAGUCAGCGCAUUGUUCCUCCAAAAAGACUGGAGGAAAUGGUUAAUUCUGCCGUCCAAAUGAUCAGAGGGUUUUGUUCUAAAUUAGACUGUAUGCCCUCAUGUAAAAGGCGGACAACAAGUCCAGACGAAGAACCACAUAGUUCUACACAGGUAGGACAUCUGGACAUUAAAGUAGACCUAGAGAAUGUUCUAGAGAAAGUAGUAGGCAAAGAACAAGAACAAGAAAUGCAUGUAACUGGCCACAAGGACAGCUUAAAGACUGAAACCUCUGAAAUUGUGCGUGCAGUUAUCCAUGAGGCUGUCAAUGAACUCAGUGAGAUUAUUGACGAGGAACUGAUUAAACUCGCCGAAUAUAGCCCACUUCUAUCUGAUAUUGCUGAAGAGAAUGAGAGUUUUACAUCCAGUCUUGCUAAUUCAGUGGUUGAAGAUAUUUCAGAAGGGCCCUGUGGUUCUUGGAGUCUUGCACAAAUCAAAGAGAAAAUUCAGCAGUCAUUGAAAAAAGCUGCUGAUAAGAUUAAGUCAUUCUUUGCAAAACGUUUUGCAAAAGUAAUGAUUCUUCGCACUGCCAUACAACUGUGGAGCAGAUGCCACAGCACACCCGCUGCUAAAAGCAGUGAGUCAGUGCAGAAACUGGUUGAACAUGUCAACUCUCUAAUUACAAAUAAGGAAACACUGGAGAAAGAGAAAAAUGAGUUCAAAAGAUUACAAGAUUGCCUUUCACAGGGUAAAUUACUGGUGUUUACAGAAUUACUUACAGAUAUUCUGCACCAAUAUACCUCGGAAGGCACGGGACCUGAAAUUGUCCCAGAGCAAGUCGUCAUGGCAGAAAGACAGAAGAUUCUGCAUAAUGAUCUGCAAACUAAAGCAAGGCGCUUCUUGGGACUAUUCAGAUGGUGGUUAAAUACCCAGGCAGAGAGCCAUAGCCAAAGAGUCAUACUGGCUCUGUUAGAUAAGCAGGAACUCAUGUUAUCACUGCCAUCAGUUACCACAGAAACUAUAAAACCCAGCCCAGUGGCAGAGUUUUAUUGUAUAGCCAGAAAAGCAGAAAAAAAAGCAAAGCUUAAGCUCAUCCUGCACAAGCUCAUCUCUACAACCUUUAAAGAGGCAAACCUGCUCUGCACAUAUCAAGACCCAAAUCACAUCCUCACUUGGCUCUUGGAUUAUGUAUGGGCAGAACUGGAAGAUGAAGAGCUUUAUAUUACAUCCAAAACUUUUAAAACAAUUGACAAAAAACUUCUGAAAGACCUCUGCAACACCAUGGGCUUUAUAGAACGUGUUAUAGUGUCAAUGGAAUUACAAGAAAGUGAAACUGCAAAAUGCAUUGUGGCAAGUUUAAAAGAUCGUCUGGGAAAACCAAAAGCGAAGCGUUCUGCCAUUGUCAGGUUCUUUUGCGCACUGGGCAGAGCCAUCGCCAAGCCAUUCAGACGCAAUACUUAGUUACCAACUUUUUUUUAAUCUUGAAAAAAAGAAAGAGUCCAGUCUUUCAAGAUCAAUACACAAUUCACACAAUUCCUCUGUUCCAUCUAAAUUUUCAGCUCUCCUCUGCCCUCUGUCCCCUUCUCUCCAAACACCUCUCCAUCAAUUUACUUUCUCCCCUCCCUUCUUCAUCCCUUUUCUUUUUUCACCUUC